GCGUGGGCAGCGAGGCCGCCGUGCCCGCGGCCGCCCCGGCCGGAGGGUGGAGCCGCGCCGCCGCCUCGCCCCGCUCCUCCCGCGGCGUGCGCGGCCUCGGCGCUACGCGAGCGCGGGGAUCCGCCGCGGCCUGCUGGCAGCCAUGGCCGGGGAUGUGAAAACCAAGCUGUCCAAGAACCUGCUGCGCAUGAAGUUCAUGCAAAGGGGUUUGGAUUCACAAACUAAAAAACAACUCGAAGAAGAAGAAAAGAAGAUAAUUAAUGAAGAACACUGGUAUCUUGAUGUACCAGAUCUAAAGGAAAAAGAGAGCUGUAUAAUAGAAGAGAGGAGCUUUCUGCGAUGUGAGGAUUUUGUUUAUGGCAGAAUGUCCUUCAAAGGAUUCAAUCCAGAAAUUGAGAAGUUAAUGAUUAAAAUGAACUCUAAGUGCGAGGAGGAAGAAAUUGAAGAGGAUGAUAAAAUGGAGGCUGAUGUGUCAGAUGAAGAAAUGGCCAGAAGAUAUGAAACAUUAGUGGGAACAAUAGGGAAGAAAUUUUUGAGAAAAAGGGACCAACGUGUACUCAAGGAUGAUGAUGAAGAUGAUGAAGUUGAAGAGGGGAAUAGUAACACAAGACCUACUAAAAGAGCUAAGAAAAUGUUCUUAAAACCUCAGGAUUAAUGUUACCUGCACAAGUGGAGCUUGUUACCUAAUGCCUACCAAACAGAGUACCAAGAACUGGAGAUUGUUUGGAGUUUUUGCUAUUUAAUGUAAAGGGUGGAUUUGUAAAUCUGUUCUAUUCUCAUUGAAAUUUCUACCAUCCACAGGACAGACACUUUCCAAAGUGGGUGUUUAUAUAAUGGAUGUUGUACAUCCUUUCCUCUCUCAGCAGCUUUUCAUGAGUGGGGCAUUCAUCCCAUCAGUCUCUUUAAAUGUUCUACAUAGUUAAAUUGAGUGUUGCAUGCAAUCAAAAGCAACACUAUUUACAAUUUAGGAUAACAUCUGAAAGAAGUAUUUGGAGUAAAGAUGAGCUGUGUCCAAUUCAGUAAGGCAGUUCAGAUUUCACUGCUUGCUUUAUUACAAAAAUGAAACCUGCACUCUCUUCAAAUUGAAAAAAGUCAGCAGAAACAUGCUUUGUUAGUGAGCUUUUUUACUGUGAUAAAAAUAAGAUGAGAGAAGAACAGAGAGAUAAAAUCCACUUUAUUGAAUUUUAUUUUUUAUAAAGUUUAUUUAAAAAUAGAGGAUUUUGUAGUGAAACUUUUUUUUAUACAGCAAGCCAAAUAUUGGGCGACGGUUACAGUUUGACAUCUGAGCAGAUUGUGAGUCUUAGUUUCUGCCUUCCAGAAGAAAUUUGCUAAUUUUGCCUCUUUUUCAGCAAAAAAAUCCAAUCUUAUAAUUAUGUAAGUCUUGUCAUAAAAGCAUAAUAACAGUUUCAGAAACAUACUUGAAAGCAGAAUAAAAACUGUGGGGUUUUGUGUUAAUGAUUGUGGAUUAGCUUAUUUAGUGUAAAAAAAUUACGCUUAAUACAUAAUCCUUGAUACAAGGAGAGAUCCUGUUUUGUGCUGGCCACAGCUGUCCCCCAACAUUUAGCUGAGUGCAUUAAUUUAUUCAGCAUGUGAUGAAGACAUCUAAAGUAGUGUUAGGAUAGAAGUACGAUUCUCUUUGGUCAGUUGGUGCGCUGGGUCUUUUGAAAAACAUCAGUGUGUUCUUGUCUGAAAUCAUAGCAGUUCUCUGUGCACAGCCUUUCAACAAGAAAUAUUGCUAUUGCUACAUUUCCUCAGGAGGUCCAAGCUUCUCAUCCUUAAUGCUGGCUCUCUGCAGAAAGGAAUUUGUUAAUUGAAGUGAGGAGUGGCCAUUUUGCCAUAGACACAAGGCUUUGUUUUGGUCUUUUUUAAACAGCUCAGUGAAGCAAGAUGUAAAACUCAAUUAUUUAAAGAAGGACACACCAUGUCUGCUGUAUUUUGCAUGUGAUACAUGAACUAUGAUCCAUAUAUCAGGAGCACCUAAUUAGAUAUUCAAGAUGGAUCACACAUGGAAAGAGAAAUAUACUUUUAACCUAGUAAGGGGACUUUGUGCAGGUAGGAAGGCUGUGAUUCAUGAUCUGAGAAUAGUUUUUCGGAGCUAAUUAAAUGCUACUGGUUCAAUUACUUAAAACCUGAUCAUAUAUUACUGUUAGCUGAAAAGGAGUUAAUGAUGGCAAGACAUUUUUCUUCCCAUGGAAGAUGUGACCUGAGCUAUGAAAUGAUUUAUUGUUGGUCAUCACAAGAAAAACUUGGAAUACAUCCAAUUUUUCUUCUUGCUUAUUAGUAGGAAAAUUAUUCCUCUGAAUGCAUUUCUUGAAUGGAGAGUGAAUUUCUGCAUAGCUGUGCUGAAUAAAUGAGGGGAAGGGUGUGUUCUGGUGAGCCACCAGCAACCAGGAGAUGUCAUUGCAAUUGCAUGUCCUGAGAGACUGGGGGUUGGGGGAGUGUCCAGUGGUGCCAUGUAAAGAAGCUUUUGGGUUAUUUUGAUAACAGCAGUGGCUGAGAUUAAUUCUGUGUGGCGUCUUCCUUUGUCAGUGUUCUGCAGAGAGCUCUCCUGCGUUGCAGGGUUCUGUUCAGUCCAGUGGGGAAUAAUUCUCAUCAAAGGGCAUUCUGCCUCCUUAAUUUCAUGUCAUUUCCUGAGGGAUAGCUGGGCAUGGGAGUGGCACGGUGCAUGGAUAAGCACAAGAGAAGCUAAAGAGCUUCCUAGAAAAUCCAUGAUUUUGGAAUUAGGACAGAGGAAGGUUGGUUCUGUUUCCUAAAUAUACCCAAUACCAACUGUGAAGGAAAGGUAGAUUUUAGUUUAUUGUCUUUAAAUCUGGGAGCUUUGCUGUUCACAUUCAGCUGAUGGCUCAGUCCUACAGUAAGACCAGCUACUUAUUUUUAGCACAAUCUUUUAUUCAUGAGGCAUUUGCAGAAUGUGACUUUAAAAGCACCAUCCAGAGUGUGUUAUUGUGAGCAAAACAAACCCAAACUCAGCCCUGUGUGACUUUUUAAAUAUACUUUAAGUACAGAGUUACAAGCAGACAUGGUGGGACGUUCUUAAAUACCUGUCUGCGCUUCCAAUGGUAUAAAUACAUUUAUGGAUGGAUUUAAGUUCGACUCAAGCUUCCUACCUGAGGUAGAAACAUUCUGCUGUAUAAAAUCUGUGCUUGAACUACUCUUGACAGAGGUGUAAGCGUAGCAAUGAAAUAUUUGUAAAGCAAACCUGCAUUGAUUCAGGCUUUCUUAGCUCUGACACGGACUCCAGUACAUUUUAUGUGCAAGCUCCUAAGCUAUAGAACUUUCCUAUGUGGUCAUGUUUCUAAAUGAAGUGUUUCUUCUUUGAAAACAGAAUCAAGUUGGGUAAGUAGUGUUUUUAUUAAGGAAAAUGGCUGUCUGCAAACUGGUAAAAGUGUUACCAGACAGCAGAAGUGUUCGUGCCUGUGACCCUGAAGUGUGGUUUUAGGUGGUGCUCACUGAUAGCUCACAUAGUCUGUCCCUUGUCAUGUGAAGUUUGGUCCCUCCCUUUGGCAGGCUGAUGGUGCUUAUUUGUAAUAACUACUGGGCCUUAAAAUAUGGGAGUAUUGAACAACUUUUUCUUGCUGAUGUUUCUCUUUUACUUCUAUUUUGCUUAGUGUUGGAUCUUAAAAAGUCCAGGAUCAGAGUCCAACUGAAGUGAGCCAUCCAGUGUGAAUUUAGUAAUGCUUGAGCUGAUUAAACUUUGGUUCUUGGGGAGGGGCAGGAUGUUCAAUGAUGCUGUGGAGUUUGAACCAUGUUUCUUGUGCUCUGUGACUUGUUCUCUAAUGAGACUCUCCAUUAUGCAAUGCUACAACCAUCGGUGGCUGUCAUUGCCAUUGGGCAUUGCCUGUGUGUGUAACAGGCAGCUGGGCUGGGAUUCUGGGACUUCAUCCAGCAUUCAGACUUUAAAAGAAAUUGUUUGUCUUUCUCUUGAUUGGAAUUACAUACUUUUAAAUUGUAUUUGGAAUUAGAUGAGUCUGGGGGCGGAGGGGGCAGUUUCUCAGCAUUUGUUUUACUUCAUUUGAACAACAGUCCACAACUAAAACUGCAAAAUCACUUAGGCUCUCAUUAAAGCCUUCUCUGAGAAUGCUAAUAAAGCAUCGUGGUAGGGAAGAUGGCAGCCAUCCCACAGUUCCCUACCACGUGUGAAUUCAAGUUUCUGUGAGAGCUGAUGCUUUAAGGACUUGGUGGUUUGUUUUCUUUUCAGGCUGGGAGAACAUCAGCUUCCACAAUACUGCCUUGCUAAUGGAACCCCAGCAUGAGGCCUCAGGGUUGUUUGGUUUUGUUUGGGUUCUCAUCUCAAACCUCUGAGGGAUUUCAGGCCUCAUUCACACCUCAAUAACCUGUUCUCAUCAGCUUUUGGGAAGCUUUAGUUAAACUGUGAAACUGUUCCUUAGCUGUAUGUGUUGACAUUUCUUUGUGUGAUUUCAUGUCUCUCAGUGAGGACCUGCUUAUAAUUGUCACAUCAAGAUGAGAAAUUAACAGAUGGGAGUCAGGGAGAUGGUUGGAGCCUCAAUCACCAGCAGCUCUGUAGAUCUUUGGUAAGAACCAAACAGAAGAAGGGGUAGCUGGGUGAGUCCCAUCACUGCAGGCCCAGUUAAAUGCUGAUAGGAGCCCAUUGAUCCCCAAGAAACCCUUGCAUACCAAAAUCCAAGCAAUUACCUGGGAGCAACAGCAAGAAAACCUCUAGGGAAGCUGGGAACCAAAAUAACCACCCUGUUAAUGGCUGUCCUCAAGACAAGAAAACAGCUGUGGUUGAUGGCACAGAGAAAUGUGGUUUGGUGAGCUGGGUAAAUGAGAGUCCCAUCAGAUAGAAUGGAGGUGGUCAGUGUUUUGAAGCUCGUAAUGUUCCCUGAGGACUUGAGGAGCACCUUGUUGUGAUCAAUUAUUAAAAAGGGGUAAAAACCCUUAAUGGGACAUUAUUAUGAGGGAAUAACUGAACACAAAUUACUGAACAAAUUCCAUAAUUCCAUUAUUAAAAGAAAAGCUGUGUUCUGGCCUCGGUAAGAUCUUUCAGUGUCCCAUGUCACCUUUUGCUUGGCUCUCAGUUUCUCAUCCCUGUAACUGUCUGUGUACCCAGGCCACGAGCUGCCACCACAGCCGGUCACACAAAGAGCUGGCACCCACCAGAAUAAAACCAGAGCUGCUGGCUGCCAAGCCAGGCACCUCCCGGGCCUCCUCUUCAGUGAGCAUCUUCCUCAGCCUAUGACCUCUUCAUCCUACAAACCUGUAGGAACUCACCAUCUCCAACACUGCUGCAUUUGUUCAAUAUUGGCCUGUGUAGGUCAAGAAGUGUCAGGUAACAGGUUCCAAGGAACAGGUAACAAGUGACUGGAUGUCAGGAAAUGGCCUCCAAUUAUGCCAGGGAAGAUUUUGAUUAGAUACUAGGAAAAUGUUUUCACAGGGUUGGAAAGGACUGGAAGACUGCCAAGGACAGUGAUGGAGUCACCAUCCCUGGAAGUGGCACCUGAGGACAGAGUUUAAUGGUGAACAUGGUUGUGAUGUUGGGCUGAUUGUUGAACUGGAUGAUCUUAAAGGGCUUUUCCAACCUCAGUGAUCCUGUGAUCCUAAGAAGUUUGAGGUGGGAGGGUUGGCCAACAGAUCAGCAUGAGUGAGCAACCCUCACAGAUGGGGUGUGUAGGAGUCAGUGCUGCUGGGGACAGCUGUACCUGAAACAACGCAUAAUGUCUUUAUUUUCCUUUUAUUUAUUUUCAGGUAUACACUUGCAGCAUUUCUGAGAUUAAUGAUCAGAUGAUGUCUUUGAGCAAAAAGACUGUGGGAGGAAUCAACAUUUGACUGAUACUCAGGCUUAUUACAGACUGGGGAGAAGAGUGUUUUUCAGUGUUUCUGCUAUUUUUUGAUGCAUUUAAGAAUGUUUCUCAUUUCUUAGUGGUUUCCUUGGCUGGGCUUUUUCAGAGAAGCAUGGUAGGAGGAACAACAUUUUCCGGAAAAUGGGGAAACACAAUUGUGAAAAAAUAAAAGGUUUCCUUUA